AUGGAGUCCCUCAUCCGCGUCAGAGCCCUCGGGAACAAAACGGACAAUGACGUUUGCCCCAUACAAUCCCUCGAUGAAAAUGCUUCGCAGCCAUUUAUCGGAACCAUGUCUUUCUACAAGUUUAACAUGAUUCUAUCCGGAAGCUUUACGGCUGCUGCAUGCCUCAUUAUCUUCGUCUUCAUGUUUCUUCACGCGACGCAUCUUAGCAAGAGUAACGAGCAGAUCAAAAUCUUGCGCAUCUCGCUCAUCAUUCCAUUCUGGUCGAUAUUCUCGUUUCUUUCAAUAUGCUUCCCGGCAGCACAAGUCUAUCUGCACCCGUGGCUUGAGUUCGUUCAAUCCAUCUGCCUUGGCACCUUUUUCCUGUUGCUGUGCGAAUUCGUCUCCCCGAGCGAGCAACACAGGGAUGUGUUCUUCGCAGCUCUUACCAUCAAGGACAAAAAGUCCGAAACUGGAACGCAAGAUGGCUUGCAAUGGUUCAGGUAUCCUGUUGUCUCCUUGUUGAUCGCCAUCCUGACGGCCAUCACACAAGCCGCAGGUGUUUACUGCGAAUUUGCUAGCAAGGCUCAUUUUGCUAAACUCUGGCUUUCAAUUAUUGCCAGUGUAUCGCUUACAAUCGCAAUCAUGACGGUUAUCCGUUUCUACAUGCAGUUGAGAGGCCACCUAGCCCAUCACCAGCCCUUGGCCAAGUUUUUGGCAUUCAAGCUGGUUGUGUCCCUGACGUUCCUUGAAAAUAUUAUCUUUUGGAUUCUCCGAGAUGUCGGGGCUUUGAACCCCACGGCGAUGCUGACCUGGGCGGAUCUCAAUAUUGGCAUCCCUUCCAUGCUUAUCUGCAUUGAGAUGUUCCCGUUGGCGAUCUUCUUCCACUACGCCUACUCCCAUCGCCCUUACAUCAUCGGUGGUGGUCACGCUCGCCGCCCCGUCGCUGGAGAUCUGGAGGCAUAUGAACCUCAGAGUUAUUCUGGCGGACCAGGAGGCUUGUGGGCACUCGUGGAGAUGUGGAACCCCAUGGAGAUUGUGGAGGCUAUCAAGUUUGGUUUGCAUAUGAAGGCAGAGGAGCGUAAGCAGAGAAACGCCCGCAAGGGGUUUCCUAUGACAAGCUACCAGCCUGUCGAUGACCAAUACGGCAGAUACUAA